AUGAUCUCCCUAGUACAGUUUGGGAUUGUUCUCUUCGUCGGCCUGGGAAGUAUCACCUAUGGCUACGGAUCCAGCAUCAUUGCCACAACCACUGGACAGCCUACAUUUCUGUCCUAUUUCGAUCUUGAUACAAGGUCAAAUGCAGCUGCGCUCUUAGGAGCCAUAAAUGGCCUGUUCUCAGUGGGAGGAUUGUUUGGUUGUAUCUCAUGCUUCUGGAUCCCCGACAAAUAUGGUCGCAAAAUGGCCAUCUUGGCCGCUUCCUUCACAUCGAUUCUCGGGAAUGGUCUGGCGGCUGGGAGCGUGCAUAUUGCCAUGUUUAUCAUUGCCAGACUGAUCACCGGGUUCUCCGUGGGAGCCCUGGUGAGUCUCGUUCCUCUAUACCAAAGCGAGAUUUCCCCUCCAAAGAUUCGCGGGCUUCUCGUGGGCAUGCACGGAACAGGCAUCGCCACUGGCUACGUUGCUGCUAGCUGGAUCGGCUUUGGCUUCUAUUUCGUCAGCGCAAGUGGCACGCAGUGGAGAAUGCCGCUGGCAAUCGGGGCACUCUGGCCUCUCCUGCUUGCGGGCGGUGUGCUAUUGAUCCCUGAGUCUCCACGUUGGUUGCUCACAAAGAACCGUCCCGAUGACGCGCUCAAAGCGUUCAGGGCUUGCCGGACCGAGUCUGGACCUCACAACGACGAGCAUGCCAUUAACGAGGAAUUCCACCUGUUGCAUUCUCAAGUCAUUGAAGAGAUGAAGGACCACGUGCCAUUGAAGGAGUUCUUCACAAGGCCCGCUCUGCGCAAGAGAUGCUGGAUCGGUUGGUUGACCAUGGUGGCGGGCCAAUGUACCGGCACAAUUGUUAUCAACAAUUACGGACCAUUCCUUUACCGAAAGCUCGGGUUUACCGUUGUGAACCAGCUUCUAAUCCAGUGCGGUUGGAUCACCGUGUGUCUCCUUGGUAACGCUUUCAACGCCGCAGUCAUCGAUUACUUUGGCAGAGUUCGAAUGCUACUUUUCGGGUUCACUGGAGACGUUAUCGCACUUGCUGGCGAGUGUGCAACGGUUGCUGUCUACCAGAAAACUGGUUCACCCGCUGCUGCCAAAGCCGCGGUGUUCUUCCUUUUCCUCCAUAUUGGAUUCUACGGAUGGACCAUUGAUGCCAGCACCUAUAUCUACGCCACCGAGAUCUUCCCCAACCCACUACGUGCGCGCGGCAUUGGAAUCUCAUGUGCUGGCUUGUUCAUGGCGGUUAUUGUCUUCACCAGUGCCGCGCCUACCGCAUUCAACAACAUUGGAUGGAAAUAUUACCUCGUGUUCUGCAUCCUGACUGCGUUGAACGUCGUUAUUAUCUGGUUCUACUUCCCCGAGACUAAAGGCCUCGCACUUGAAGAUGUCGCCGAGAUCUUCGGCGAUGGUAUCGUUCUCUCCGAUACACGCGAAGAACAGAUCCACCAACGCUUCAAGCAAUCUCACUAUCGCGCUGAGGUCCUUGACGAGGUUACGCACGACGAGCCCGUCGAGAUUCACAUGAAGAGUGAAGAAGACUCCAUGAAGGCUGAGCACAUUCCAUGA